AAGAAGUUGAAAGGGCUCUUUUAGAUUAGGAUGGGUUUACAGGAAACGGUUGCCUUAAAGCAUAAAGAAAGUGAAAGUUAUUGCAGAAGCGUAUAUAAAGGGCGUGCAAGCAGCCGUGAGGCACAUAUCUGCUGAGUACAGGUGAAUGAACACAUACUGUACAGACGGACAAAAUGAUGUUCUCAAACACUCUGACGUUAUGGACAGGUGCUCUGCUCAUAUUGAGCCUUAGUUUAUGGAGCUGCACAACAGCUCUGGACGAUGGGGCAAUGGAUUGUUGUUUAACCACAAGCAACCGGCGCAUCCCACAGAGGUUGGUGACGUCCUUCACCAUUCAGACCGGUGAUGGAGCAUGCAGAAUUCCUGCCACUAUAUUUGUCACAAGGAAGGGAUUGAAGCUCUGUGCACCAUUUCCAAGUGACAAUAACUGGGUGAGAGACCUGAUCAAGAACAUACUAGCAGGACCUGUACCCAAAAAACCUAGAGGUACGUAAGCAUAGACAACAGUGAACCAUCCCAGAUUAUGCAGGUCCACCCUGCUCUCACUUUACACAGAUGAAUGGGACUGAUCCUGGAACAGAUACCUGAUAUUACUAAACCUUAAUAGGAAAUACUCAUUUUCAGGUUUGCUACAUGAGUACUCUAGUGGAGCAGGUCAAGUGUGAAUCUAUUGUCAUAGGAAUAAGCUUUACAAGACAUGAGCUAUUUUUGAAAUGUGAACCCUUCCCUAACUGGUAUACAUGAAGAGAUUUUAAGCUAAUUCAUUUCUAAUUUCCAUCACUUGUUGUUGAGUUUGUACUCAUGUAUAAAGUUACUUUGUUUCCUGAGCCAUUAAAUAAAAAUAAAAUAAAACAUGUUUUCUAUAUUUUUACUUUGUAUUUU